CGACACUUCCAGCAACGACCUUGAACCAACUCAACGGUAAAAUACGUAAAAUACAACAGACACAAUGAGUUCUAAAAGAAAGUUCGCCGACUAUGAAGGCGACUCCGCCGACAAAGAAAAGCCUCGCGAGCGCAUCCCAGGAUACCAUGUACCCAACAAGAAGGCCAGGAAGAAGAAUCCGAAGAAGGGUAAAGUGAAGCCGAGUAGCAUAAACUGGGUCAAGAAGCGAGCGCGAACAAUCGAGAGGCGAUUCAAAACGGGUCAAAAUAUGCCUGCGAAUAUUCAGAAUGAUCUAGAGAGAGAGUUGGCGCAUCAUCAGCAAAAGAUUGAAGAAAUUGCCGACGAGAAGAGGAGGAAACAGAUGAUCAAGAAGUACCACAUGGUUCGCUUUUUUGAGAGGAAGAAGGCAGACCGACUCGCGAAGCAAAUUAAAUCCCAGCUCAAGAGAGCUACAGACGAGAAAGAAAUCGAAAAGCUGCAAGCGGAUUUGCACAAGGCCGAGAUCGAUAGUAUCUAUACGAGGUUUUUCCCGCACCGAGAGCGCUAUAUCAGUUUAUACCCCGUGGCAUCAUUAGGCCUCUCGUCGAAUGGUGAUGAUGAGAAGCCAGAAGAUGCCAGUUCUGCAGCACAAGCUCUACACUCCGAACGACCGCCGUUAUGGAGGCUCAUAGAGAAGACAUAUGAGAAGGGUAUUCCGGAAUUAAUCAAAAUAAGAGAGCGCAAGUUGGAAAAGGAACCGAAGAGCAAGCGCUCCAACGAAAAACCCUCAAAGGAACCCAUUUCUACGAAACCUAGCAAUUCCAAAGCGAAAAGUUCGGACACGCCAGCUUCUACAAGCACUCAAAAUGAAAAUAGAAAAGCUCGGCGAGCUAAGCAAAGGGCUGCUGCGGAUUCGGAUAACGAUAGUGAGGGUGGCUUCUUCGAGGAGGAAUAAAGGGGAUCUCGGAGCGAGGCAAAUUAUCAUGAUACCCAAUUAUAAAAUAGCAACCAAAUCCAUGAGACAGUGAACGUCGUAAUUGAAGGUUUUACUCAGGACGACCUGGAGGUAUCCUUGCGGCCUGAGUGACUACAUAUAUGACUGUACUCAACCCCCUUGCCUGGUAUACGUGCCAUGGGUGCACUGCGAAUUUGACACAUACUUCCUCAUUAUUCAUAAGGCCCAGUAAUAGAAAAAUAAGAAUAAAAAUAUGAAGCCAACAUGAGGC